CUGGAAGUGUUGGUGCAGGAGUUGGAAGUGGUGGUGGUAGUGGAGGGAGUGGCCAUCCUGAUACUCCUCAAAGUAAAGGGCAAGAAACUUCAAUUCAAGAAAAACCCAAAGGAGUGGACAAUGAAAGAGAACCAACUGCUCAAGGUCUUCCACAAACCCAAACGUUGGACGGAAGUGCACCAGAACUUCAACGUACUACUGCACAGUCCCCUCCUACUCAUCCUGCUACUGAACCUAUUCCUGGUGAAACAGGUGUUGCUGGUACUGGUGAUGGUGUCCGUGGACCUUCAGGUGAAUUAG